UUUAACCUGAGUUUCGGCGUCUAUAUAAAUUUGUCGAAAACAAACUAUAAAUUGCCGGAAAAUUUCCUUAUAUUCGUCCAAAAUAUUCUUUAGCCUCAGUUCCUUGAAACUGAUAUUUUACAGUAAAUUUGAUCGAAAAUAACUUUUUCCAGUCAUGUCUAAGCGUUUUGACGGAGGCGGUGCAAUGGAAACAGCUGCAAAUGAUGACUCACGAGAAAUGCUCAGUUUCUUAUGGAUAUUCAGAUCAUGGCUGCUCCAAUGCACCGCACAUGGGAUACCAAAGGUCAUCUCGUACACCAACUUCCACCGGAAGAUCUUCUGGCUAGUUGCGGUAGUUGUGUGUUCACUGGCAUUCCUCUAUCAGAUCACAGACAUGAUGAUAGACGUGUACACUUACCCAGUGACUGUGAACUUGCAGAUCACCCACAGAGACCAACUGGACUUCCCCACUGUCACCAUGUGCAACUCCAACAAAAUCAAGGAAUCCCUGCUGAGAAAUUACCACAGAAACGACUCGGAUUUGAUGAAGAUGGUUACCUUUGAGGAUUUCAACUCAAUUGGUCUGCGGGAUAUUUACAAGCUGCUAAUUGCACCAGAACCUCAAGAUACAGAUUCCGAAAUCACAGGAACCACAACGACGACAGGAGUUGUGGCACCUGAGGUAAGUGACCCGAUUCCCAGAUGCCAUUUUUUCGAAGAAGAUGCUGACGACAACGCCACAACAACUGCUCCACCCGAACACAAUGACUUCGAAUGUUUGGAAGAUAGUGGUCUCUGUUAUGUGUACACAUGGAUAUGCGAUUUGUACGACGAUUGUUCCGAGAACUCAGAUGAGGACCCCGAGUACUGUGGGGGGAGUAUCUGCAAGCAGACCGACUAUGAGUGCAAAAGUGGAGACUGCAUCGAUCCGGCGUUGAGGUGUGACGGCAAAUUUGACUGCUCCGACGGAUCCGACGAAGAAUAUGAGUUCUGUGACCUUGAGGUAGUGCAACAUACAUUCACUUGUUGUACUUCCGAUCGCAAAAUUCCCCUUGACCAAGUAUGUGACGGCCUCAUCGAUUGUCCUCGGGAAUUCUCAGAUGAGUUCGGACCCGCAUGUCCGUCAGGAGGAAGUUCAGAGGCCUCGGACCAUCCGAACGAGACCAUGUGUCAUGACCCCAGUACUUCCUCUUUAUGGAAGUACUAUAAAUACCCCAUCUGGAUCCCCAAUGAGAAAGUGCACGAUGGAAGAGUAGACUGCUUCAAGGCAGUGGAUGAGACGUGUGUUUGGAAGAACAACUUGGUCAACUGGACUUCGCCCAAGGAUACUGACGAGUUCAGGGAGUACCAGAAUCUUCUGGGCAAACCAGUGGAGAUGCGCUGGUACAGUAUGGCAUCAAAAGAAGAGGUUUCUUCACUGGGACACAAAUAUGAAGAAAUGGUCAUCAAAUGUAGGGCCAAUAACAAAGUAUGCAACGAGAGUGUCGUAGUUAACAUCACAGUGUCACAGGAGUAUGGCAACUGUUUCUCAUUUACACAACAAGAUCCUAUUUCUACGAGCGGAAAAGACUAUGGUCUGAGCAUCUGGUUCAACCUUGAAGUGAAAAACUGA